AUGCCCGAGUCUCCAAGUGAGCUACACUCUCUACGCCGCUCUGCCACCCUUCCAACCAAAUUAAAUCCUCUCGCGCGACGUCGCGCGAGCGUGCCGAAUACCCCCGAACAUGUAAUUUUCUAUCACCCAUCCGCGAAAAUCGUUCAUUUCUCCCCAAGAGCCCUCGCCCCUAUCCCAUCCAGUUCUACGCCGUCCGACUUCGACUACCCGGUCGAUACUAUCGAGACACUCCCUUGGCGCUCUGCAACUGAGCGAACGGUCGCAACAGCGCCACUGAGGUUAGAGAAGGUCCAUGGCUCGACAGCGUUUCUGAAAUGUGGAAAUGUUGUCCACGCAAUUCUGAAGAAUUCGCAGUGUUGGUGUGUCGACGGGGUAUCGAAGUUUGUUCUACGCAUUCGCCCUCUUACAUACUAUCGCAUCGAAAUACCAUACGAGACAGAAGAGCACCGGAGUUUGGUGCGGGAUCUGAAGAUCGCAUUGCCAACAGUGCUUCGAUAUGAAGUCACUCCAUGCCCUUUCAAACGCUCUUUCAGCGUUGAGCUCCCGAACGACGCAAUGGCACCUCGGCGCAAAAAGGCUUGGCAACCGAAAGAUCAGAGAGAAAGAGUACCGACCGUCCUAGAACCUCCACGAGAGACACCAUCACCCUCUUCAAUAAGGUCGGAUUGUCUCGAUUCCGCCAGUGCCGGGGAUGACACCGACGGAGACCUAACCGAUGACAGUUGUUUCACUUCAAACAAAGCGAGCAGUACAAUUUUGGAGACUAUUCCCGACGAUCGGGCAUCCUCUCCCGUUGAGGCUUUGAGUCCUUCUCCAUACCAAGGGCCUCCUAGGCGGUCGGUGACUGAAGUACCGCAAACUUUCACUAGCCUGCUUGCAAAGUUUGAGGCUACGUCAGGCGCAGACGAUGAAUACGAUAUUGAUCCUUUGCUCAAGCCAGAAUGCGCAUCUAGUACUGAUGCUGCACUUCAAAUUGAUCAUGAGCUCAAGGUUACAGACCAACUCGAACCUGAGUUUGUAGCCGAUAGUGGAGUUGAAGCCGGACCCGAAUCCGAAGCUGUCCUAGAUUCUGAAAUCAAAGCCGAAGCGGAGCUUGAGACCAAGUCUGAACUCGUGUUAGAAGCUAUAUCACCAGCCGAACCCUUCAAGGAAUCUGCAGUUGAAGCCGAGCCCAGCAUCCCAAUUGAGACUGACGCAGUGUUGGCGGCUGAAACUUCAGACGAAGUUGUAUUCCGUGCUGAAACUACCAGUGCAGUGGGGACUAAGGCAGUGCUGGAAGACAAUCUCGUGAAUGUCGAAGAAGUUCAACGCGUGCAACCCACUGCCAAGCUCACACUGGAGGUCGACCAUGAUGCAUCCUUUGCGUCCAGUCCCGAGUCAUUCCAUUCUGCUGAGCCUCAAUCGCCGGAUUCAGUCUCUACUCAUCCUACAUCUGUGGGAGGCCCCGAUUUGCCUGAAUCAGAAGAGAUUUCCAACCUUUCGAGCAUAAAGCACAUUAUUUCUGGAUUGGAAGCGUCAGCGGAUCAGUGUAAGACGCCACAGCCCCCAACACUCGGUAUUCCUCAAAGCGACAACGUUCCCAAUCCAACCAGCUUGCUUCAUCCUCCAUCAAUGCAUAGCAUAAGCUCGAAUAAUGUGCCUAGGCGCUUCGCAGAUGCGUUCGCAGACACCUCACCCUCAAUGGCCCCUACAAACAAUGGACACCGACCCAGUCGUUUUACGGAUGUAUCUGCGGACACGGAACCGCGGCCAAACAUUCGUGCCAAGGUCGCUGCUUUGAACACUGAUCUCGACCACAUGAGUUCCGAGUUCCGGCGCCGGGCAAAAGCCACAAGAGAGCGUGACGUUUCCCCUAUGCCUCAUUCUUCGGCAUUGUACCAGCCAUCUAGUGAUGGCUCAUCAUUUAUUUCCAAGGCUAUCACCUUAGUAUUGAUCCCCCCGGCCUAUCUUUUUGUCAUUCUCCUUCAUAUCGCUGCGCGCAUUGUCAUCUACCCAACCAUUCAGCCGACUAUCAGCUCCCCACCGAGUGAACCAAAUUCUCAUUCUCAGCCAAAAAAGAAGGAUCCAGCCACAGAGGAUGACUUCAGCUUUCCACUGGAACCUCAAACUUCCUCGGAAUAUGAGGAUGCUGAACUCUUCAGAAAACUCGACCCUUGGGAUCUGGACUAG